AUGUCCAACGACUCCAUGGAUCUCCCCAUCGUCGACAUCGAUGUCUUCCUCAAUCAGACCAGGGACUCACUUGCGGUGUUGGAAGAGUGCCAUAAGGCAGCCGAAGCCCUUGUAGUCUACGGCGCAGUGAUCCUGCACGAUUCCCGCGUCACAGAGGACGAUAACCAAGAAUUCCUCGAUCUGCUUGAAGACUACUUCGCCCAACCACAGGAGGCUCUCAAAACAGACGAACGCCCUGAGCUCAGCUAUCAGGUCGGCGUCACCCUCGAGAACACGGAGAAGCCGAAAUGCGCUGUGGACGAACCGUGCUUGCGGAUUAUCGAGAGGCUGGACCCCGCUGAGCGGCCGCUCGAUAUCUCUGCGCAUUCGCCGGAUCCGAAGUGUCGGUUCUUCUGGAAGAUGAGUGAGAAGCCCCCGUAUGAGACGCAGUACCCUGGGCUCAACGCGCCGAACGUGGUCCCUGAGGCAGAGGACCUGAAAGCUCGGUGGACACCGACGAUGGAGAAGUGGGGCAAGUCGAUGAAGAACGCCGUUGAAAACCUCGCCGAGAUGACCGCUAUCGGUUUGGGUCUCCCCGGUCAUACUUUCAAGGAAGCAGGCAAAUACGGCCCGCAUAUCCUCGCCCCGACCGCCUCAGAUCUGGUGAAAUACGGCCAGAAGGAUACCAUCCUAGCGGGCUUCCACUCCGAUCUCAACUUCCUCACCAUCCACGGCCGCUCGCGGUAUCCCGGCCUGCAUAUCUGGGCACGCAACACCGGCAAACGCAUCCCCGUGAAGCUGCCGCCGACUGGACGGUAUCUUCUCGUACAGGCGGGGAAGCAGCUGGAGCACCUAUCUGGGGGUCUAAUAAAGGCAGGAUUCCACGAGGUUGUUGUCAAUGACGCGACUUUGAAGGUCAUUGAACAGCGUAAGACCACCCACCCCGAUCGCCCUCUCAUUCGUAUCUCUUCGACCUUCUUCUGGCACCUUUCCUCCGAUUUCGACCUCGCACCCCUUCCGGCUUUGGCUGAUCGUGCCCGCUCAAUGAGGGCGUCGGAAACUAGCAUGGGCCCUGUCGAAGACGAAAGUACUCUGUACCCACCAAUGAAAGUCGGACAGCAAGUCUCGAACGAGCUCAAGCACAUUGCAUUGAUGGCAUGA